AAACCGGAAGCACAACAGACCUACAAGCCGUCCCAGAUGCGGCUGUUGGACUUGCCUCAAUCUCCGGUUCAAAGAUGGAACAGAUGAGCCGUGGUCUGCUGCAAAACACAUUCACGUGUGAAUUAUGUGGUUUGUCUACCCCUUUCACAUACUUUGGCCAGAAACCGCCCAAUACCAGAGCCAUUGUGCUGUUAGAGGAGUGUUUUGUGACCAAGGACCCUUUCAGUCCGGACAAGGAGAGGUUUCUGGUUCUGGGUUCUAAUUGCAGCCUCUGCGGCAGCUCUGCUUGCGUCGGUUCGAACUGCAGUCUCUUCUACACCGCGCGUUUCUGUAUGCGUUGUGUCAACAAAAACCUCCACCAGUUUCCCGGUCCAAUCCAGAAAGAACUAGGCAAGAAGAACCCGACCUCCUUGCCAGCGGUCCCCUGACAACCCUUCCUGGCCAGCGGUCACCUGGGGACCCUUCUAGGCCAGCGGUCCCCUGACGACCCCCCCUGACAUACAAACAACCCCUACGGACAUACAGACGCUGUUUGGCUGUUAGUACUGCUCUAGUGUAAGGCUGGAUUCAAUGAGGCUGUUCAUAUUGGCAGUAAUCAUGAGAUGAGGAGGUCUUCGUUGUAAAAAAAUACGAUUUAUUAGUUGUUUCAUUUGUUGUGUAAAACAAGAUUAUUAAUUAAAAUUGAAGGGAGAAAAUGUCAAUGAAUUGAGAUUUCAGGAAUGCAGAAGCCAACAUGCUGCUGUGCCUGGGUGUAAAGUUAAACAAUGCAUGCUUAUUGGUGUGAGAUAGUGUUUAGUUGGAGGUACAUCUGGCUAUACUGUAUACCUAUACCGUGAGCGUGGAGAUGAGAGAACCAGAUUCCUGUUUGUUGAAGCUGAAUUAAAAAAAAACGUCUGAAAUA